UGAUGAGUGAUUUCCGCCUCAUACCUUUAAGGUGCAGUCAAAGUGAAAGUAUGUCGCAGUGACGCAGUUAGAUUUUAAAACUUUAACACGAUAUUUGGCACUUUUUUGGUUUCCAGAACAAAGACAAACUAAAGCCGAGCAUUUUAACGACACUUUGACACGACGCAGCGAUGAGGUUUGAAACUGUAAUGACGGGAAUGAUUUUUGUUUUUUGUUUCCUGCUCAAAGUGUCCUCAGUCGACGCACCGGAGAAUAAAGAGCCGUGCGAAAAUAAAUUAAUUUGCCAAGAAAGACACAAUGCAUCAGCUGGAGAGAACGUCACUUUGGACUGCCACACUGAGCCUCAGUGUGAUGUGAUGGACAAAAGUGUAAAAUGGGAAUUUGGGAGUGAAAUUGUCCUGCUCUACAGAAAUAAAGAUGUUGAUCCUGGUGCUCAGGCAGAACGAUUCAAAAGAAGAGCAAAAAAGGACAUCACCUGGAAUCCAGCUGAAGGGAAACUUGCUGUGAAAAUUGAAUCAGUUAAGACAACUGACUUUGGGGAGUACACAUGCUCCAUUCGAAAAGGAAAAGUCUGCACGACUAAACUCAUCUUACAACAGUUGGGUAAUUCAGACAAGAACGAAGCCAACAAACCUCAAACUACACCAAGCCAGAGUCAAAAAAAUAUUGGGGUUCCUCCAUUCUUUCAGGAUCCUGUGAUUACAUUGGUACUGGCUACAUUUGCAUUGCUUUAUUUGCUGUGUCACUGAAGAAAUGUGGAAGGAUCAGGUGGUGGAGGAAUAAAUCUACUGUUCUUGUUCUGUGCAAGAACGAGACGCUUUUUGUGCUGCAGAAGAUUGUGUUGAAGGCCUCCACAACUGUCACUGAGAAAAAGAGGAGAAAAAGCUCAUGAACUACAUUUGAAGGCACUGACUGUUUUGUGUUGUACCGGUUUAAGAUGCGAUGGGAGAUGAAAUGGCUUCUUUUAGCUAUCCAUUUUUUAAAAUUGAGUGUUUCUGGUAAAGGAUAAGUGAUGACCAGUAAUAUCCAGAAUGAGUAAUCCCAUGUCCUCAGGAGCAGCUCUUAUCAAGAUAAUUAAUGAGUUUGGGGUGUUUCUGGAUAUUAGAUUAAUACUGUAAAAUCUUGAGCAUUAUCGCAUCGGAAUUUUAGAUGCUCUGAUCUAUUCAUCUUCUGUUUUUAUACUAAUGGGUUCAGGUAUCUCGGCAUUUUUGGUUUCUUUUACUCUUUAUAUCAUGAUAAAAAUUUAUUUAAUCAAAUUUGAAGAGAUUGCAGGACCUAUCUUUUACUGUGCAAUAUUAAUAGUUUUACUGAAGAAAAUAGUUUUGAGUAUUUCUGCUACUGCUGCCAAUAAUGAGAGAGUUCUCAGUAAUAGAAUGGGGCUCCAGGCCCCCAAAUCACUAAAUCCGUCCCUGAUUAUAAUAAAAGCACAGCACAGGAUGAAGGGAGACACACAGCACAAUAGUUUAUGUAAAUAAUUUCUCUCCUAAAACAAAGUAGUCUGUAGAAGUGUAAAGAAGUCAGUUUCCACAACUGGACAUUUGACCGCAACGCGGGCAAGCGAUGCGAGCAACACACUUCGUUUCAUAGUCAACACAUUAAACCCAAGCGACGUGGGCAACACAUCGCAAUACAUCACUCGUGCAAUAGGGGGUCGCAGAUACACUAGUAGAUUCUGGCGAGCUAGUGCUGCUGUAGCUAGCUAGUACUGCUUUUGUAUUAGAGUGCAGGGCACUACAACUGUCGAGUUAGCAAAGUUGUUCCCCCUCGCCCGCCAUAUUUCAUACCUGCUUCUUCUGUGAAUAACAAAAAGUGGUUAAUUUCAAGUACGUCGCUUACAUUAUCACCCCCGCUGGCAACGCAUGGUAUUACACGCAUCGCUGCGUCAUGUAUCAAGAAAAUGGACAACAUAUUUUGAGAUGCAAGCACGCAUCAUGGUGGCGAAUGCGUCUCGAUGCGUCCCAAUGCGUUCACAUCUGCGUGCCUUUGCGUUGACUAUGAAACGGCCCUUACUGCUGCUUACCCUCUAAGAAACUUACAUGGCCUAUGUGGGAUGUUGUAAUGCAUUAAAAUGAAUGGGGCAGCACUAGCUGUCAAAUAUGUAUACACUAACGAGUGUCAGAGAAACUGGCACCAUAUUUUGCAUAAUGUGUCAAAACUCAACAGGUUCAAAAGAUUCGAUACAUUUACAUUUACCAAUUCAAGGGAACCAGAAAAAUAAUCAGGCGGCCCAUCACUACUCUCCGUGUGAUCAGCGAUGGUUUGGAUCAAACCAACUCAAAGGGUGGUCCAAAAAUGUGCAAUUUUCUUGCAACUUGUUUUGGUCCGUUGCUGAUAAUACUAAAAUCAUUGUUGCUAUAGGCUACUUAAAUAUAAUCACCAGAUUGUGGUAGCAAAACCAUAACUUUGCUCCCCCUAAAUGAAUAAUGGAGCUGCAUUUACUCCACUUGCACCAUUGCUCAGGUGCCUGUUUACCUGUAAAUCCACAUUAUUUGGUGCUGGUUUUAGGUUUACAUAUUGAAUAUAGGUACAGGUAGAUUCUUAGAAUCACUUUGUAUGCUGCACGCUGCACAAUAUUCAAAAACGUGAAAGAAGAGUCCCCUGAUGCUUCAGUGAGGUAUGAAAACCCACUAUACUUUAAAGAGGAAUGGUUAAGAACAAUAAAUAUGGGGGUAACAAUUAAAGAUAAAGAUGCACCAGAGACUAAUGUGGGGUCUAUGGGUCUAUGAGAGGUUACUGUAAGGUUAAUGUGUACCCUGAAACAAAUCAAUGAAUUUCAGAGAAAAAGGUUUGCUGUUAUACAUUUUAUAAAUGACAUUAAAGGUUAGAGCCAAAGUGCUGUGCAAACUUUCAACCAUUUCUCAUUCCCAGGUCGUCACUAAUCGCUGCUCUGUCAGUCGCCUUUCACCUCUAUGUAUUACGUGCUAGGUAUUCCUCUGCCUGUGGUGUUUACAGUUGGGGAUACCACAACCACAACACCAGGACGUCAACAGAAGCACAUGGUUAGGUUUAGAAGAAAACAUCACAGUUUGGUUUGACAUUUACACCAGAAGCAAACAUUGGUGGGUGAAAGUCCACAGAUUGUUGAACCACCUCCCUCCAACCUGCUGCGUGUCAUAACACCGUGAAAGCUGCGUUACACUCUUACGCUGCCUUGUGGUGUAUCAUACUGCCACAAAAGGUGUCUUUUGAUGCCGGUGUCUGACACUGAAAUCACUGACGAAGGCUGAUACGUGACGACUUUGAAACGAGAACUGGCUGAAACUCUUUUUCCAGAAUUUCCAACAAUGUGAUAUAAAAAUGAUGUGCCAGUUUUUCCGUUGAGUGCGUAAAUGUUUUAUGUCAACAGCCAUAUAUGUCAACAAUUUUUACUGACUUUCUAUUUUUGGGUGGUAUUCUUAAAAAUGUGUGGUGUUUGUCAAAUGUAUGCUGUAAUUCUCUUAUUACAUGGUUCUUAAACAUGGUUUGAACCAGGAGCCAUCAGUGCUAACCACUACAUCACCAUGCCAUAUAAAAAAAAGAUGUGUCUCACUUCUGGUUUGUCUAUAUGAUGUAUUUCUUUUCUUCUCUUAAUUUAACAUACAAUGACAAGACUUGAUAUGAUUUGUAAAUAAAAGUGUU